CUAAGUGGUAAGGAGUGAGACUCUUGUCGUGCACCAGACACCAUGAUGGAUGACUAUCCCAUGUAUGGGUUGCUUGUUGGGUUCUCCCUCUGGGGGACCCUCUGGCGUCUCCUCUUUCCUCUCGGCUUUUGGCCCACUUUCACGUGUAGAGUAGGGACUCGGGGUGGUGCUUCCACCCAACCUUACACGAAGGAGGAGGAGGAGAAGAUGACGGCCAUUAUGCAGGAGAGAAAGGAGAAGAAGGAGGCCAAGAAGAAAGCCUUGAUGGAGGCACAGGCGGCCAAGUUGAAGAAGAUAGAAGAAGAGAUGGCUAGAGAGAAGGAGAGAAUAAAGAAGGAAGAAGAGGAAAAGUUGAAAGAGGUGGAAGAGGAAGAGGAGGAAGAGGAAGAGGAGGAAGAUGAAACGCCACUGCAGAGGAAGAGAGUGGAGUACAGUGGCAGCAAAGAUGAGGAGAUGGAGAAACGGAUCUCAGAGUGGGUAGCCAGUUUAUCCCUGGGCGAAGAAGAAGAAGUAGCAAUGUACAUAUCCAAGGACGAUCAGGAAGCCGCUAUGAGAGCUUGGGAAGCAGAAAAGGAUGUCGUAAAGCGGCAGGCGUUGGAAGACGAAAAGAGGAUGGAGUGGAAAUUGGCAGUGGUGAGGGAGAAGAAGAGAAGAGUGGACGCGGCAGCGGAGGCGGCAGAAGAGUUGGAGGAGGUACAAAAAAUAGAAGAGCAAUUAGCCGUCCAGCUUGAGCUCCCAAAGCAAAUGCAAGUCAUAGCCCGAAACGUUGCACGUCUAGCACGAAUCCAGGCGGAGCAAUAUGACUUUAGUAGGAGCUUAGCUAAUUACUACAGGAAGUUCGUGAGGAACUUCUCCACCAUCGCUGCGCCCCUUCGUAGAUUGCUGAGAAAGGAGACCAUCUGGAAGUGGGAUAAGGACUGCACGUCUGCCAUGAAGAAGUUAAAGCAGGCAUUGAUAGAGUAUCCAGUCCUUAGAGUCGCAGAUCCGUCCUUGCCUUUUGUCGUCACGACCGAUGCGAGUCAAUACGGCAUAGGUGUGGUGUUGCAGCAGGACGAUGGAAAUGGGUAUAGACCCGUAGAGUUCAUGUUCGCCAGAUUGCCUUCAGAGAAGGUCGCGACAUCUACCUAUGAGAGGGAACUCUACGCUCUCAGGCAAGCCUUAGAACACUGGAAGCACUACUUGCUUGGGAGGCACUUCGAAGUCUAUUCCGAUUAUGAGACAUUGAGAUGGUUAAAGUCGCUGGCCAAGCUGACACCUAAGCUUACUAGGUGGGCCGCAGAGAUAGAUCAGUAUGACUUCGAGCUCAAGCCUGUCAAAGGGAAGUACAACAUAGUCGCGGAUGCUCUGAGUAGGAGGGCAGAUUACUUUGGAGCAAUAGUGCACUAUCUCGAUAUAGGGAAGGACCUGCAACAGAAGAUUAGAGACGCCUACGCGCAAGACCCUAUCUAUAGUGACCUCCUUAAGAAAGUCGGAGAGGCCCUAGAGACUGAGCCGAACUACCGCACUACUGAAGGGUUGCUUUUUUAGAAGACUAAUGUCUUUGACCGCCUGUGCAUUCCCAGCAAUGAAGAGAUUCGUAGCCU